AUGUAUCAUAUAUCUUUCUGUGCACAGGCCAAUGCAGCAUCUGGUAUGGCUGUGCAUGAUGAUUGCAAACUGAAGUUUUUGGAGCUGAAGGCUAAAAGAACUUACCGUUUCAUAGUUUAUAAGAUUGAGGAAAAGCAAAAGCAAGUUAUUGUGGAGAAGCUUGGCGAGCCAGCCCAAAGCUAUGAGGAUUUUACUGCAAGCCUCCCUGCUGAUGAGUGUCGUUAUGCUGUUUAUGAUUUUGAUUUUGUGACUGAAGAGAAUGUCCAAAAGAGCAGAAUUUUCUUCAUUGCAUGGUCUCCUGAUACAUCAAGGGUGAGAAGCAAGAUGAUUUAUGCCAGCUCCAAGGACAGGUUCAAGAGAGAAUUAGAUGGUAUUCAGGUAGAGUUGCAGGCAACUGAUCCAACCGAAAUGGAUCUCGAUGUCAUUAAAAGCCGUGCUAGUUAA